CACAAGUGAAAGUAAACAGAAAAGAGACUGAGCCGCUGAGAAAAAGCUUCAUAGAGAAUCUCUAAUCUUCCAAAUGGAUAACACCAAUUUAAGGAGCACAUUGCAAACAUCGAGUAACGCACUGAGAAGAAAGUGGAUCUCUGAAGUGAAGAGUGAAAUUGAAAAGAGCCCUCUUUCAUCAUAUGUGGUUUUUAGCCUCGUCCUGGCUGGCUUGGAGAAGCUAGUGGAGGUGGAGUUUGCAUGUCCUUGCAAUCCUAGAUGGAAUGCACUGUUUGCAGCUAUUUUUUUUAUUCUUCCUCCAGUUAUUGCAUGUGUACUGAUUUACAUCAGCAGAGAGAAGAAAAAAGACACUGUGUUUUUCAGCUUUGUCCAGGCCAUGGUGUGGCAAAUCCUGAUGUUCUUGGAUGGCCAAUACUUUGCCUGUGCAAAGACAAACUGGUCAGGCAGGUUCGUAAUUAUUGACAAAGCUGCUCCUCUGAAAUGGUGCGAACCAACCAACCGCAACUCAUCACAGGACUUAAUGAUCAAAACCCAGCGAUGGUUUUUUGAUUCUCAGGUUGUUGGAAUUGGUCUCGUCUUCGCCGGUCUCACACUAUUUGCAGUAUAUAAAACUAUUAUUAUCUGCAAAUGCUGUACAACAGAAGAGCAAGUCCAGGAAGAAAACAGCUCAAUUUGUCAACAAGAUCAGAAUCAAGAUUCUUCUGCUAUCUGAAACAACAACAAGACAAAGUCUAUAGCCAUGCUAGCAGCUCUGCAAGGCUGUACUUAGGCUCAGUGAUGCUUUGAGCUAAAUGCUAAAAUCAACGUGCUAACAUGGUUGCAAUGGCAAUGCUAAUUUGUGAUGAUGUUAACAUUAGCUAAUUAUUGGUAAAAACAAAAUAUGGCUGAGGCUGAUGGGAUUGUCAUUAGUUUUGCAAAUUUGUAGGUGUAAACCAAAUUCUUAGGCAAACUCAAAUUUUGACCUUGUGAGGGUGUUAGGGGAUCACCUUAGUGAUUAUAAUUCAUCCUAAGGAGAAUAUGAAUGUGUGUACCAAAUUUCAUGGCAAUCGAUCCAGUAGUUAUUGGGAUAUCUAGAUAUUUUGGUCUGGACCAAAGUAAAACUUGACACCUGCACUAUGGAUCAAAUGUGACUGUAUAAAUACAUAUGCAAUAUGUAUGUACGUGUUUGUGAUUACCUCAUUAAACGUUUGCCCUUAUUUUAAGGUUAUUUUCAUAGCCUGCCAUAAGCUCAAGAGAGAAAAAAUAGUUGAAGUUAUUUUCCAUUUCAACAAUUUAAUUUUUUUUUUUUACAUGUGUUUGUAAGCUGCUUUUCACAAUAAGCUUGGCAAGAAUUACCUUCUGAACUAACACAACUGAAAUUACUUUAAACUUUCUGUUGUUCAUUGGUUAACUGUAACAAAAUACAUAUUCCAAGCUGUCAAAAAUAGUAAAUAGUUUUUGCUUCAAUGUCUUAUUGGUUUCUUUGUAGUGGCCUUUUUUUUCAUAUUAUUAUGCACAUAUUUCAUAUAUCAUUUGUAAGAUCUGGAAUAAAUCUCACUUCUGUUUCUCAGUCUGCUUGAUGGUGAUAUAGACAGUCACUUUGAAAAUACAUAUUUUUUAUUAUUUUUUGUCACUCUUCUCAAGUAUUUUAUAUAUGAUGAUCCGAGUUAUGGCAAUCAAUAAAGGGACAUGAAUCUUUUACCACACAUCCUGCAGUAGUGCAAGCUACAAGAUGAUUUUAUGGCUUGCACCACCAUAAAU